CACUUCCUGCGGGUGUGAGCUCCAUAGCUCUGCUUUGUAUGGACAUGGUGGGGGAUUCUUGACAGCGGCAGCGCGGUUGGGAAACAAACGAGGACGCGGUUAGGGUCGGGGACCGUUUUGUUUUUUCUCCGUCCUCGCUCCUCACUCGAUCCUGCACCGACCGCUUCUCAACCCAGCGACAUUUUCCCGAGGAUAUGGCGGCUUCGGAUUGGGCUGUCUACUGAAAGUCUGAUGAGUGAGAGUGCCGGCAGCCCGCUCCUCCACCGCAAUGGUCGACAUGGAGAGCCACUACCAUCCCCCUUCACCCCUGGAGGACUCGGUGUUAGGCAGCCCACUGUGCGCCGAUGACGACUUCAUGGGCGGCAUGGAGGAGCUCCAGGACAUCUCCCAGUCCGUUGACAACGAUGCCAUCAGCUCCUUUGAUGUCCCCGAAUACCAGUCCUCCAGCAAUGGCUCUGAAGGUUCAACUGUUCUAGAUGCCCUGACGCCAGCAUCCAGCCCAUCGUCGGUUGUUUACGGGAUGGCAGCGGGCCCCGAGGAGUUCUCCACUUCCUCAUCGUCACUCAACCUAGAGUGUCGAGUUUGUGCUGACCGUGCCUCGGGCUACCACUACGGAGUCCACGCCUGCGAGGGCUGCAAGGGUUUUUUUCGUCGAACCAUUCGUCUGAAGCUGGAGUAUGACAAAUGUGAGCGCCGCUGCAAGAUCCAAAAGAAGAACCGCAACAAGUGCCAAUACUGCCGCUUCCAGAAGUGCCUGUCGGUGGGCAUGUCCCACAACGCUAUCCGUUUUGGCCGGAUGCCCCAGUCAGAGAAGCUAAAGCUGAAGGCAGAGAUGGUAACGGGGGACAGGGAAGUGGAAGACCCCCAGCUAGCCGACCAGAAGACACUGGCCAGGCAGAUUUACGAGGCCUACCUCAAGAACUUCAACAUGAACAAGGCCAAGGCUCGAACCAUUCUCACUGGAAAGACCAGCACCCCUCCUUUCGUCAUCCAUGACAUGGAGACCCUCCAGCUGGCAGAGCAGACCCUGGUGGCAAAGAUGGUUGGCUCAGCAGGAACACUGAAGGACAGGGAGGCAGAAGUUCGGAUUUUCCACUGCUGCCAGUGCACAUCGGUAGAAACCGUCACCGAGCUCACAGAGUUUGCAAAGUCCGUCCCUGGGUUCUCGAGCCUGGACCUCAACGAUCAGGUGACUCUUUUGAAAUAUGGCGUGUACGAGGCCCUAUUUGCCAUGCUCGCCUCCAGCAUGAACAAGGACGGGCUUCUUGUAGCGUAUGGCUCAGGCUUCAUCACGCGGGAAUUCCUCAAGAGCCUGCGGCGGCCGUUCAGUGACAUGAUGGAGCCGAAGUUUCAGUUUGCAAUGAAGUUUAACGGGCUGGAGCUGGAUGACAGUGACCUGGCUCUGUUUGUGGCCGCCAUCAUCUGCUGUGGAGACCGACCAGGCCUGGUGAAUGUGGCGCACAUCGAGCGAAUGCAGGAGAGCAUUGUGCAGGUGCUACAGCUCCAUCUACUGGCCAAUCACCCCGACGACACUUUCCUCUUCCCCAAGCUGCUGCAGAAGCUGGCUGACCUUCGGCAGCUAGUCACUGAGCAUGCACAGCUCGUGCAGGAGAUCAAAAAGACAGAGGACACCUCACUUCACCCACUCCUGCAGGAGAUCUACAGAGACAUGUACUGAGGGCUGUGGAGGAAUAACAAGGAGAAGCACUCUAAAAAUCUCCUUAUUUUCAGGGACAGAAGCGAGUCCUCCAUAAGCUAGGUUGAACCACUUACACCCCCCCAAUGCAGCAAGAGUUAGCUUUGGCUUCUGGUCAGCACAAGAGGUCCUGUUUAGGUCCUGUCAAGAGGCUGAUGAUUCUCUUGAUCUUGCACAAUGCUCUCCACUCCAUUGUGUGGACCUUCAUAGGCAGAAAAGUCAUGUAUGCAAAGAUGUGAUGUACAGUUGAUUGAGCCCCAAUCUAUACUAAAUACCAGUGUAUGCAAUCUCUGACCAAACUCUUGGAUAAAAAAUACUAAAUGCUAAUUUGAAGUCAUUGAAGUGACUUCCGUCGUUAUCCCUAUCCUGACCCUUAACAAGCCCUAAAAUGAGGAAAAACUUAACUUGAUAGUUGCCACUCCAGCAGUAUGUUUGAAAAAUAGAUUUUUAUACUGAUGUCAAAGAGCCAUAUACCCUCACAGCUAACAACACCCAAAUGACUUCAGUGGCAGCAGCAACAUUAAGACAAUAAUGAUACCGUUUUUCAAGCAGGACAGCUUCUGCCAAAUUGGCUGUCAGUAAAGGUGAUGGCUGUCCAUGCACCAGCCCUCCAGCAUGUUUCUUCACCUUUUUAUACCCAGAGGCAGAUCUGUGGUGCCAGCAUAGCCAUACUUUGUUUGUAAUGAUACUGGAAAUGAUCAGUGUCUUUCAUUAUCCUUUUCUCUACCUAACAAGACAGCAACAAGACGUGGUGUGGAUUAUUAUCACUUAUUACUCAACUUGUCCACAAACUAUACAGGCACUUUGUGGACACCUUUUGUUACAGUUCAGAAUACGGUAGCAAAACCUUAACGUUUGUAAGAAAGGUUUUUCGAGACUGAAAGGAUCACAGGCACAGAAUCACUGUGCACAAUGCACAUCUGGAGCACAAACACACCUGUGUUAUGUUAAUAGGACACUAUUUUAUACCGACCCUCUGUUAAUUGCCUUUUUCACAAAUAACAUGCACAGACGUUGGGCACGCCAUCUUGUUUUGUGUUCUGGUAUUCAAGGGCUAAACAAGAUAAACCGCAUUACAACCUUAAUACAGGCAGACUGCAAAGGGGAUUUGUUGGAAAUUAAUUCAUCUGUUUCAUAAUUUCUCACUCAGUCAAGCCCUAUUCCUCAAAAUUACAUCAGAUUUGUAUUUUUCUUUCUCAGUUAAGUAUGUUGUGUCUGGGUUAGGUCCUUCUCUUGUAUUUUACUGGCUGUGUGGUUCUUAUAACAUUUGACUAAGAUUCAGGGGUCAUAUGUGCACAUUUAAUAAUGAUAUGACCUCUUAGAUUAAACCAAUAUGUUUUACAUAUUUAGAAACUUGCCAUUUUGGGUGAAAAGGAGUCUGUUUUGCUGUUGUAAUUUCUCUAAAAUUGCAUGAUCAUUUUUGGCAAAAUGUCCAAAUCAACAGAGGAAAGCAAACACAAGCAUGUGGCCAUCUGCAAGAUAAAGCCAAUCCGACGUCUUAAACAGCUAAAAGAUGAGUUUGUAGACUUCUUUGACAAUUUGACAAGUGUCUGGAUAUGGAUGAAGACCAAAUACUUUUCCACAUGGUAUCCUUUAGCUGUUUUUGUCCUCUGUUUAUGAUGAUAAUUGUGCACAUGAAGAGGCCACUCCUGUAUUUAGUCGUCAUACAUUUUGUAGAAAAUGAACAUACUAAAGACCUAGAGUGAGGGAAUGUUGAUGAGGAAAUGGUGAAAGAAUUCACAGCUCAUGGUUUUGAAAAGGUGUAUGUAAAUCUGUGAGAGAAUGCUCCCCGACCCCAAUCUGCUUAUCCAACCAAAAUCUCUUAAAAUCAUCACGAAUUUAUUGAAAUUCAGUCGCAAGAAAUGGACCUUGUGUUUAUAAUUACAUCACAUUGUAUAAACGGAGUGUACUGUACAUAGCUGAAAUGAUCACAUUGACUUGCCCGCUCCAGCUUUUAACUCAUGAGGUAUACAAGGUACUAAUGAUGAUCAACUUUUGUAUUCCUCCGUUUGGUAAAUACUUUAAAAUGUUUGAAAUUUUACACUAAGUGUAGUUAUGUACUGUAUGUUCUUAUGCUUAGAUGCCACAAACUUGUGUUUUAAUUGAAUUGGAUCAUAUUUUUAUACUAAAGUAUAUAUGUAUAACUAAAUCGGAUAAUUGUUUAUUUGAAAUAGGACGACUGAAGAGUGCAGUGUAAAUAGAUUUAAGGGUAACAGGGCAAUUGGUGAAUAUCCAUAGAUCUGAAUCCCGUUGGGGACAUUCCUUUUGUUAAUUGCUAGAUGGAGAACCAUCAGUGCUGCAAUAGGCAUUCUGUUCAUUUUAACUGUAUUUCAUUUACAUGUUAAAUUAAGCUCUUAUGAUUUAAACUGAAAGCACUUGCGGGCUGUACUAGCUCACAAUGUUGAGAAGUUUAAAACUUGGCCUUUGUGACCUUUUGAAUGCAAUGAAAACUACAUUUAACAUUUGAAAGGUCAAGCGACAGCUCAGCACUGAUCAUACAAUACUGGUCUCCUCUUUUUAUACUCUGUUCUCAGGUUGCAUGUUCAAAAACAUAUAUGCACAGAAUUUCAUCAUUAUCAGAAAUCAUCCGUAGUUGCCUCCUCUUAUUGAACAAACCAACCUGUAUUUUUAAUUUUAUUUUUUACACAUCACAUCUCUCUCUUGAUCAAAUAGAGAAACUGAAUGCCCUCAUAAUUUGCCAUUCAGGCCCAUUUGCCAACAUUACAUGUUAUUACAGUAAAUAAGAUGCAGUAAUGAAAAUGCAGUAUAUACUGUUUUAUGAUCCUGUUUUUGUCAUUUUUUUGUUUGACUUUUCUCUCCUCACUCGCUGCUAUAUUGUACUAACUCACCAAACAUUUCUUAUGCCAUAAAUAGAUUACUGACCUUCAAGCUGCCGCUACUUAUAUAUUAUAUCUUCUCACAUAAUGUCAGUCCCACGUGCAUAACUCAUUCAACGCAGCUCAGUUUUUUCCACUCACAGGUCCCUGGGACUUGGAUAUCCCAGGGAUGAACCACAAACAAUCUGUGCCUUGGUGUGUGCCCAUGCCAUAAAACACUAGAGAUUCAGAAAAAGAAACUUGACUUGUGCACACACACACUUUUACUAUUGUAAACUGUUGGUGUUGUCAGCUAGAGUUUGCUGAUUGUGACACAGUAGGGCAGCGCAGACGGGAAUUAUGUCACAGCAGAUUAAGGAAACUAUCCUAUGUACAGCAAGACAGAGGCUCAAAAGUACUGUUGGAGCUUUAUUUUACCAUACAGAACAGUAACAAUGAAUGAUUUGCUUAAGAUGGACAGGUUUUUCAAAACACAGAAUGGUUGAAACACUAGUGCCAGGCCCCAGAGGAGAAGUCAUGUAAAUUUGUGAUGUCUGCUUACUCUUAGGAAUGUCUGUUUUGUGUUGAAUUGACAAGGGACUUUUUAACUUGUAUCAGGGAAACCUAGUCUUCCUUUGUUGAACUAGCUCAGGACACUGAAAGAUACUGUUCCUGCCUCUUUAUCUCUGUCUUGCUUUUUCUCUUUGGAAUUAGUUUAUAGUGCUCUGCCUUACAGCACACAAACACCACCAACAUUAUUAAUUAAUAUGACAUUUAUUUUUAUUUUCCAAAACUGACAGAAAAAUGUUACCAGUGAAUUAGAUAUUUGAUUUCUUUUUUUUUCUUCCUGGAUUUGACAAACAUAGUUUGUUUUUGUGGCUUUAGUGUCGUGCGAAGAGAUAACAGAGACUGUCUUUGCAUGUGUUGUUAAUGUGUACUGUGGCGUGGUAACAAUACUGUAAAUGUUUGAUGAAUGUAUAUCUAGUCAUUUAAAUAAUGGAACAAGUUGACAUUGAAUGGAUUUCAAAAUAAAGUGAUUUUUAAAAUCCA